AGUUUAACGUAGUGUAUGAAGUGGUGAUAGUUAGUGAAAACAUAUCUUUUACGCCGCAAUUUGUUUACUGACUGUUUUGUUUCAUUCAAAAUGUUUCAAUGGAUUUCAACGUUAACUUUAUUGAUGCUGUUUAUUUGUCAUUGGAUAGACUGUCAGAAAACGGUGAAUCUUAACGACAUUUGUAAAGACAAGUAUGCAGUAUGUCACAUCAACCCGCCUGCAGACGGUUCGAGCAACAUCACUGGCAAAAUCAUGCUUCAUCAGAAGGCCGUAGGUCAAGCAGAUCAACGGGGAAACUGCAAGUAUGACUUCCUCAACGUUCAAGUGAACAUUUACAACGUGCCUGAGAACGACGGCACGGAUAUGCACGGUUUUCACGUGCAUGAGUACGGGGACAUGGAGAGGGGCUGCAGCUCAAUGGGAGGUCACUACAACCCAAACAACGCACCACAUGGUGGCCCAUGGAACCCACCCCGCUCCCGUCACGUGGGCGACUUUGGGAACGUAAAACAGCUGAGCUUGACUGGCAACAUCGAGACUCGCAUUGUGGACUACCUUGCCAAGCUUAACGGACCUGACAGUAUCAUGGGCAGAGGCAUGGUGCUACAUGCGAAGAAGGACGACCUUGGCCGGGGAGAGGGACCCGACAGCCGGAAGACCGGAAAUGCCGGUCAUCGAUUGGCCUGCUGCAUCAUCACCGCCUGUGAACCAUUCACUCUCGAUGGCUACAACCUGUACCGCUAACAGCUAGCAGAGUUAUCGAUCAGAAGUGGCAUUAUGAGUUACAAUCAAGAGCUAUUUUACCAUAAACAUUUGUGAACAAUAACCUAUAAUGGGAAGUAAUUUUAUCACUUGGAUACCUGGCAUGGUCCAAUUUGAAAGAGUUGUGCUCCACUAAGUCACAGAUUGAGAACUGUGGUUUCAUAUUGUAUUAUGUGUCCAAAGCAAUAAAAGCUGAUGAUGCUU